AUGAUGCCCGAUGACCCAGGUGACCCAGGGGGCCCAGGAUUAGCAGGCAAUCAGGACGGCGAUGAUGCCGAAGAUGACGGUGGCGGUUGCGGGCCCAUGAACGGGCCUGGUUCAGAAGAUGAUGAUGACGAGGCAGCAUCCGACCCAGAGUCUGCAGCGUCUCAGAGUGCAAUGGAUGUCCAUGAUGGUGUUGGCCGCAUUGCUGCCUUCGAUCCGAAGACAGCCUCGCUCAAAGCUCUAGUGAGCUCCCAUGCCGGUGAAUCAGAGGCUCUGCUGCACAAGUUGAUGCUACAACGGUUGAGCGAGGCGCUACCUGAACACGGUGGGCAGUUCCUAUCCAUGCCAUUCCUUGAAAAGGCCAUGCGUAAUCUGGCAGCCGUUCUGAAGCUGGAUAACAAGCUGACCUUCGAGCCGGGGGAUGAUAUCAAUCUGGAGCCAAAACCCCGUCCGAAGAGGCUUCAUGAUUCCGAGCUUGUCCUCGAUGCGACCUUGACCCGCCGACGUGACUUUACUGCCGAUGUACGGUCCCUGCUUUUCUUCAAAGUGAUUCGAAACAAUCCGAUGCAGCUGAAGCGUAGCAAGGUCCCCGGCGAAAUUGGUUUUGCUUCCGGAGACAUCGUGGUCGCUCCGCACAAGCUCUACGAUGUUGAAGCUGGCAAGAAACAGGUGACUGUGCAAGCAUUGGCGUUGCAAAAGCCUGCUUCUGAGGCCAGGAGCAGCAUGUCAACUAGCAGCUUCGUGCUCAACUUUCGGUCUUUGGAAUGUCAGCAACUCGCAGAGCUGCGGACGUGGGAGAAGCGGACCGGACUGAAGUACGUCAUCAAGCCUCUGGCUUCGCCAGACUUAAGCGGGUGGUCGAAGCAAAAGCAUGAGGCGUUGGGCAUCCUGCUGGAAGAGCUUAUGGAGAAUGCAAACGGGGUUCGUGGCACGUUCUGGCGUCUUGCAUCUGAGCGAAAAGAGAUCUUAAAGGUCUUUGCGGAUCUCGAUUGGGUAGUUCAGGCAGCAGAUGGCUUGUGGACCUUGACUUCGCUGGGCAAGGAGAGUGUCGACGUUUGCUGUGUCCUGCAUGAGCCACGUCCAAUCCUGGACUUGCGGGAAGGUAAGAUGUAG